GUCUAUGACCAGGGCAUCCCUCGCACCAGCCCUGUGCCGUGGCAUGCGUCAUGGCUUAGUUCCCCCAGCCGCGGCUGCAGUGCAACGAAGAUUCUUGAACCUGCACGAGUAUCAGGCCCAGCAGAUCUUUCAGAAGUUCGGCGUGGGCGUGCCCAAGAAUCUGCCGGCCUUCUCACCCGAUGAAGCCGUGGCGAAGGCCAACGAGAUGCCUGGAGAUGAGGUCGUGGUGAAGGCGCAGGUCUUGGCGGGCGGACGUGGCUUGGGCUACUUCAAGGAGAACAACUUCCAGGGAGGUGUGCACAUUGUCCCCAAGGACAAGGUCAAGGAGGUAGCCGAGAAGAUGUUGGGCAAGACGCUUAUUACCAAGCAGACUGGAGAAGAGGGAAAGCCAAACAACACGGUGCUACUGGCCGAGAAGGUGUCCAUCAAAGACGAGAAGUAUUUCGCCAUCCUCAUGGAUCGUGCCAGUGGAGGUCCCCUGAUGAUUGGCAGCAAGACUGGUGGCACCUCCAUUGAGGACAUCGCCGCAGCAGAUCCCACGGCCAUCAUCCGCACCCCGGUGGACAUCAUCGACGGCAUCAACCCCGCGGCGGCUGAGAAGAUGGCCACAGAGAUGGGCUUCACCGGAGCGCAGGCGAAGGAAGCAGCCACAUUGAUGGCAAAUCUGUACAAGGUCUUCAUCGAGUGCGACUGCACCAUGCUGGAGAUCAACCCCCUGGCCUCGUUGACCGAUGGCCGCGUCCUGGUCUGUGACUCCAAGGUGAAUUUCGAUGACAACGCGUCCUACCGGCAGAAGGAGAUCCAUGAAAAGCGAGAUGUGAGCCAGGAGAAUCCCAUUGAAGUAGAGGCCAAGAAGUAUGAUCUCAACUACAUCAAACUGGACGGCAACGUGGCGUGCAUGGUGAACGGCGCUGGGCUUGCCAUGUCCACCAUGGACCUCUUGAGCAUUUUGGGUGGAAGCCCCGCCAACUUCCUGGACGUCGGUGGUGCCUCUACAGUGGAGACCAUGACCAUGGCAUUCAAGAUCAUCAUGGGAGACCCGAAUGUGAAGUCCAUCUUCGUGAACAUCUUCGGCGGCAUCGCCCGUUGCGACCACAUCGCCGAGGCCGUGGUGGCGGGCGUCAAGGCGGUGGGCGGCAACGCGGCCAUCAAGCCACUGGUGAUCCGCUUGGAAGGUACCAACGUUGAGGCCGGAAUGAAGAUCAUCAAGGAGAGUGGAGUUGAAGCAUUUUUGACCAACGACUUCACCACCGGCGCCAAGAAGGCAGUAGAGCUGGCACAGGCCUAG